UCGAACUGCAUCGAAAGAAACAAUGUCGUUAUUUCAUUAACUCUCCUUUGUUCUAUUUGUCCUAUAUAUUGUUGUUCAGUUCAGUUAUUCUUUGGUGAAGUGUUUAUUUUAGAUGUUAAAACUGAAUAUAACCCGUUGGAGAGUUCGAUAAAUAACGAGGAAAUAACAUAAUUGGCUGUCUAUUUUUAUGGGCUGUUCUGUGUCAUGUGUCCACCGAGCGACGAUGUCGUUGUUUGGUAGGCACCCCAGCACCUCUAACGAUGCCAGAGUCAUAUUGGAGAGAAAGCUGUACCUCGCCAGGGAGUCUCCCGAACCAGAUUACGAUGUCUCCGGCUGUGAACUACGACAAGUGCCGUCCGGUAUCUAUUCAAUAUGUAAAGUGUACAGAAAAACUCAUCUCCACCUUCAGUCAAAUAAUUUACAGUCCUUGGAAGAGGGUGGUCAGCUUUCAGACUUGCACCUCAUUCAAUAUCUCAAUAUCAGCAGCAACAAGUUUGUAAGCUUACCUGAUACAAUCAGAUAUCUCAUCAACCUGACUGAGUUAUAUAUACAAAACAAUUGUAUUACAUACUUGCCUGAAACUAUACAUUUCUUGAAAAAUUUGAAUAUACUGGAUGUAUCAAAUAAUAGACUUAAAAGCUUGACACCAUCUUUAGGAAAGUUGAAGAAUUUAAGGAAAUUGUCAAUAAUAGAGAACAAGGAUUUACAUCAUCUAUGUCCAGAGUUGUGUUUUGCAACUAAUAUCAGUCUAUUAGAGUUAGAUGGAGAACAUUUUACCUUUCCUCCAGCAGACAUUGCUUCCAAGGGCACCACAGAGAUAAUGAAAUUUCUGUGCCAUGAAAUGAAAAUAGAUUAUACCCCACCCUUACCUUUGGAACAUGAGUUUUCAGCUGCACCUGUAAUAGACAGUGUUAAGGAUACUUUUGAUACUGGCAAGACUAUGUCGUGGGAGGAGCAAGAAGCAGCAAUCACCGAGCAAGAAAAUAAAUUCCAUGAAGCUGCUAAACAGCAGAGGGAGCGGUUUCUGUCACAAGUAUUGCAGGAUCGUCUUGAAUUAGACACUGAGAUAGCUAAAGUGCAUGAAGCAAAAGAGACUGAGCGACAAAGACUGAUUAAAGCUAUUCAAGAGGAUGAGAAAGAAAUUGAAUGUUUGGUAAAGAACUUCAUUCAGACUGAUCAACUUAGGCCUGAGGUCAUCCAGCAACAACUUGCCUAUGAUAUUGCCGAGCAUGAUAGACUCUUAGAAAUAACUCGGCAGAAUUAUGACAAUAUCAAAAAAGCUGACAUCUUAACGGCCAUGGAAAAUCUCAUAAAAGAAGACUACUUUAUUCAAUAUGCACGAAAAGAAUAUGAUGAAUGCAUUCAUAAUACAAAGAAAAGUAUGCUCUCACAUGAAUUACAAAGUGUUGAGAAAUUGGAAGAUUUAUUAAAAGCUAAAGAUCAAUCUCGCACAAAUUUAGUCCAGCAACUUCUGGAGGAUCAGGAUGUGCAGAAAGCUGUGGUGGCCUCUCUAGUUGAGAGAGUUGAUGCUAAGAGUUGGAGCUUAAAUCAAGAAAUAUCUUUAAUUUCUCGCCAUUUAGCUCGGCUAAGUGUCAUUGAACAAGAAAAAAAGAAGCUGCAUGUGGCAUGCAACUACAAUGAUCUACUGACUCAAAGAAUGCAGCUUGUCACUCUGUUAGAUGAUGUUUUGCAUCAGAAAAAUAAAAGACGGAUAGAAUUGAUAGAGACAUUAAAAGAAAUGGAAAAUGAGACAGACAAGACUACUGAUUUCUGGCUUAAAAAUUAUCAAAAAUUGAUUGAUUUUGCUCCUAAGACAUUAUUAGAUGUUAGUAAGAAUUUAGAUCCCGUGUUGGCUAAUUAUUUAUUACAAGAAGGUGUAAUACACUGUCUGCCAUUCUUGGUGAAGUUUUUAUUUUCUGAUAAUAAUAUAACUGACAUAACAUCAGAGAAAUUAAUUCAGUGUGGCAUAUCACAAUCUUCAGAUAGAGAUGGCAUUAUUAGAGCCAUAAAUUAUUAUGUUGCUACUAAAACCAACAGCGCAUUCUACAGCAGUGGUGUAUCUGCAGUUGAGCCGAGUGCACCAUCAAAAUCAGUAAUAGAAGAUCAAAAUUGCACCGGGGUAGUGAGCACAACAGAAACAGAGAACGCAACAGUAGAGUCAGAAUGUGUGGUGUGCAUGGAUUCAAAAUGUGAAGUGGUGUUUGUUCCAUGCGGGCACAUGUGCUGCUGCCACCGCUGUGCCGACCAGGAGAUGGUUUGUUGCCCCAUGUGCAGAGCCAAUAUAGAAAGGAAAAUCAAAGUCAUGGUUGCAACAUCACAUUAAUAUUAAAGUGACAUGUCAAUUACAAAAGCGACCAAUCAAUGUGGCUUUGAAGAUUACCUACUGGUAUCUAUAAUAACUCCAUGUAAGUACCUAGUAUAGUGUUAUAAAUAACAGCAUUGUUAACUGUCUUUGGAUGUUUUGCACAUACAUAUUAAGAUAUGCCAUGGAAAUUUUACGAUACCUUUGAAUAGGUAAUUAUAGGUACAGUAAAAGUGUAAAAAUAAAUAUAAUUAAAUGAUAUUCUAAAAUUGAACUACUCGUAAACAUUAAAUUAUCUAGUAAUACGUUUUGUAUACCUUACAUGUUACAGGCAUUCAAUUAUAAAAGUAAUUGUUUGUUAUAUUAUUAAAAUUACAUAACAUAGACUUAUUUGUAGUAGUACCAGUAUAUUCUUGCAUUUAUGAUUGACUAAUAUUUUAUAUUACACAUCUUUUGCCUUAUUUUGUUCUAGCACUAAAAUGCUGAUUCUACGUUUGUAUAAUACUUAUUUUGAACUUCUGCAUAGUUUCUUUCAUUAUUCUUCUAAAAACCAUUAUUCGUGGUCCAACCUAAGUGUAUAUAUAACCCAAGCUAUUGUAUGUAUGUACAUUGCUCUCCCAUCCAAGGGCUAUGGCGGUAGGUACAUGUUGUUAAGGUCUAAAAGUUAAUUUUUUAUUUGAUAAUAUAUUUGAAGGUAGUUUUUUAUUUGAUUACUUACUCAGUAACAACUAUGCUUUAUUUUGUCUUGCCACUAAUACUAUGGUUUUAUAAGGCUUCUGCUUUUAGAUAAUGUGUCUUAUUUAUCAGUUAAUUAGUCUUUCUACGAAUAAACAUUCCUUAAAAAAAAAAGAAUUCCUAGUUCCAGGCGUUCGCCAGUGUCUGAGAUAGGGGAGAUCGAGGUGAGUUGUAACAGAGGUAGCAACAGUAUGCGUUUGUUAGCUCGUAAUUUGAAGUAACAAACGCGCGCUAUUGCGACCUAGUUUCUAGUUAAUAGAUUCCAAAAAAUCGACGAUGUUCCAACUCUCCUCUGUCACAACUCACCUCGGUCUCCCCUACAUAACUUCUUGUUGUGGAAAACAACAAACUAUUGAUAUAAUUUAUGAAUUGACUCGUGGGAGUCGAAGGGGAGGCCAGGUAUGGCUGUCUCAGACGUUGGAUGUCACACCAGCCAAACAGCUAAACUAAUGAUUUAGUUCAUCGACCGGUGUCGAAGAUCGCAAGAGGCCACCUUCUAAUAAAUGAGUCGUUGAACUUUUUCUUCGUUUAGUGGUUCAUUAUGGCCGAUGUGUCAACCAGCCCCUGAGACGACCAUACGAGGCCUCCCCUAUAACUUCACUAAUUUUAUAACCUUUUAUUUAACUUGCAACGUUUGUAACAUGUUUGUUCGGGUCUUGGGGUCAAAUCUUGCAAGCUAAACUUGAUCCACAACCCAUUAUUCAAUUGAACUGAAACUUCACAUCCUUAAUCAUUGUCGAUUGCCAUCAACUUACGUACGUUGGGCGACAGUGCAAUAUUAUGGUACCAUCGAGCUGAUCUGAUGAUGGACACAAGAUGUGGCCGUAGGUAUUCCGUGAUGAAACAACGCGACCUAUUUGUGUUUGGGUUUGUUAGAAUUGUUUCGAUAAGUAUUAGUUGUUUGUUGAAAAAAAGUACAGUAAAGCUUGUAUCAAAUAACAUAAAGCUUAUAAAAAUAAAGCUUGUAUCAAAAAUGAGCUUUUUGACAAAAAAAUUUUCGAGUAAGUACAUUGUACAUCAUGAGAUAUCUAAGCUACGGUGCCGGCGGGGUACCUACGACUCAAAAUCUU